AUGGUUGUUCUAUCUCAGCCAGCGUUGGAUUUGGAGAAAUAUUCUCUUCUCCGAUCAACGGGCAAACCCGCCGCCUCCGCCGCCGAUAUUCCGGAAAUUGACCUUUCAGACCCCAACGCUAAGUCCCACGUCGUCAAAGCCUGUGAAGAAUUCGGGUUCUUCAAGCUGGUAAACCACCGUGUUCCCGUUGAGUUGAUGACCAAACUCGAAGAUGAAUCCCUCUGUUUUUUCAAGCUUUCUCAGUCCGAGAAAGAUAAAGCUCGCCCGCCUGACCCUUUGGGCUAUGGCUCCAAAAAUAUCGGCUCUAAUGGCGAUAAGGGCUGGAUCGAAUAUCUCCUUCUCAACGCUAAUCCUCUCCCCCUUUUCUCCCAACAGUCCGAUUCCUUCCUCUCUGUGGCGGCGGAGUAUGUGACGGCGGUGAAGAAAUUGAGCGGCGAAGUGGUGGAAUUAAUAACAGAAGGAUUAAAAAUCGAGCCAAAAAAUGCGAUAAGCAGGCUUAUAAACGACGAGAAAGCUGAUUGUUAUUUCAGAGUGAAUCACUACCCGUGGUGUCCAGAAAUGCAAGAUGUUGGAGGACGAAACAUGAUCGGAUUCGGGGAACAUACAGACCCACAAAUCAUAUCUUUGUUAAGAUCAAACAACUCAACCGGCUUGCAAAUCUGCCGGAGAGACGGCGUGUGGGUCUCAGUGCCGCCAGAUACGACGGCGUUCUUUGUCAAUGUCGGCGAUGCGCUGCAGGUGAUGACCAACGGGAGAUUCAAAAGCGUGAAGCACAAAGUGGUGGCGGAUUCCGACAAAGAGAGGGUUUCGAUGAUUUACUUUGGGGGGCCGCCGUUGAGUGAAAAGAUUCAGCCAUUGUCGCAGGUUUUAGCAGAGGGGGAAGAAAGCUUGUACAAGGAAUUCACCUGGUGGGAAUACAAAACGGCGGCGUUUAAGACCAGAUUGGCUGAGAACAGGCUCGGUGCGUUUGAAAAGAGUCAAAAUUCUGCGUUUUAAACUUGUUUC